UGUUAGCAUGCUAACAUUUGUCAAGAAGAACUAACCACAAUGUACAGGUGAGGCUGAUGGUAGUUUUGCAGGUAUUUAGUCAUAAACCAAAGUAUUUGACAAAUUGAAAUUUUAUCCUUCGAAUAGUUCUCACUGUCAUUAGCAGACAUAGUUGUUAGCAUGGUCAUUAGCAUACAUCGUCUGGGCACCAUAGAUAUCUGUACCAAAUUUCAUGGCAAUUCAUCCAACCAUGGACAAAAGUGGUGCACUGACCGACAGAGGAACAUCCUUGCGUGUUGGUAUUUAUUAUUUCCAAUUUACAUUCAAUGAGGAACUGUUUUAAAUUUGUAUUUUCCUCAACAUACAUUAUGACCAGUUACAAGUGAGCAGGUUUUGAUAUUCCCCACUGUAUUUUGUGGGGAACAUUACCUUGGUGGAGGUUGUAAUUAAUGCAGUGUGGGCUCCAUCCUGCUGUUAUUACUCCUUAUUAAAGCCUUACUGUAGCUAUAACUAAGAAUGUAUCUCUAUUACUCAGAAGCAUCAAUAGAAAACACAAGUGAACAUUAACCAAGGCAGAUAUUUACAGCCAUUCACACACAUUUUCCCACACUCUGAGGAAUUGAUCAGUAUUGAUCACAUGUAAAUGACAUUGAUUUUCUCAGCCUUUUGUCUGUCUGCAUCAAUUUGUGUGUGUCUUCUCAUGUGUAUACGUGUGUGUGUGUGUGUGUGUGCGUGUAGAUUGGAUCUUCCUGCUGCUUCCAGGUCCCCAUCACUACUCUGCUCUCCAGAGCACAAUCCAUAGUGGAAAAAUAUUGUUCACUGAAUUUCCUCCGUUUUUCAGAAACAAAUGAGUCUGACUUCAGAAACAUAAAUAUGGCAUCAGCAAAGAUCUUAGGAUGUUUCUUAACUUCAAUAGUAGCUCAUGCUGUGUUCCACUUCAGUCAUAGUACAAGUGUAGGUGUCAGUUUCGUCCAAAUUGUGAAUGUGUCAAUAUUAAAAGCACAUUCAGUUUUCUUAGAUUGUGCAUGGGGAACACUGGUUAAAAGGGAAUUGAUAUGUUAGUAUUUCAUUUCAUGAUGGAGUAUAUGUUAGUUUUGUGGGGGUUUGUGUGAUUUUGACAAAUCAAACAGUUUGUCAUUUUGAAAACAAAUUAGAUAUAAUGGUGGAUUUGAAUACUUGAAUCAGUUUUGUAACAAGGAAAUAACAAGACAUGGGUGAACAUACAUCUACCAGCUACUUUGGAAUGCUACAAAGAGAAAGCAAACUGUUUUCCCAAACAUGUAUUAAUACUUUCCGACUUACAGAGAUGCAUUGACUACAGAGGCCUGUGUAGACAAUACAUACAAGAAACAAAGGAAAACCACCAACUCAGCAGCAACAAGAAAUAAGAAUAUAACCUUAAUCCUGAUAAUAGAGAAUUAAUAAUAAUACAAAUGAAGUAGUGGACUAUGCUGCCAGAGAGUGGCCAUAUUUCCAGGCCUACAUCAUUAAAGCCUCUUAUCAUUACAGUCUGGAUAAAAGGAUUUAUCAAAAACUGUAUUACAUGCAAAGAUCAUAUUCAUUUAGUAUCUUUGAGACAUAUUCGAGUAGCAUACACUUUGUUCUGUCACUUUUCCAGUAUUCAUGCAGUACAUGCUCAAGAUCUGGUUAGAAUUAGUAUAGUAUGAAACUGAAACACAGCUAUAGACAGAGAGAAAGUAGUAGACACAGUCACAGUGAAAGACAGCAAUUGCAUGUUGUAUUGACAUAUUUUCUGUAGUGUUAUCGCUGUUUUUGUUUCUGUCACGUUUAUUCUUUUGGCACCAGACACUGGAGUAGCCUAUUUAAUGCCAGUAAAGGCUGUGAGAGACAGGGGGAGACAGAGAAAAGAGAAAAGAGCCACGACACAAACCCCACCCAUCGGGUGGGUGGGGUUUUGGAGGACGAUAGCUCAUAUCAGCUCACAGCACUGACAGUAGUGUGGCGUAAGAGACGAAAGGAGAGAGAAGGAAACCUUCUCUGUGCAGACAAAAGCGCUGUUUCUGGCUGGAGUUUGUUUACCUCCUCUGCUGCAGUUUCCACUCGGAAGAGGCGGAUUAUUCAACCAUUCCUACCGGGGAAACUUCAGCAACAACUCUGGGAUUUAUUUCGCUUUUGACUUGACGCUUUUUUUUUACUUUUACAAGUUAAUGUUUUGCUCAUUUUGGACCUGUGGAUCCUAUAUGGACUUGCAUUGAUAUUAUUUAGAUAUAUUUUUAUUACAGCCAACUUGUCAUCGUGUUAUUUUCGGAGCCAGCGGUGAUGUCCCGCCACUGACAUGAACCAUCCGUCCAGACCACCAAACCGGUCCAAUGGCUCGACAGCAGUAACGGCAACACAGGGCAGCGGAGGAGAUCCACCACCCGUCGGUGCCGCUGGACCCUCAGCGCAAACCUCCCGUUCAGACAACGGCGGCGAGCAGAGCUUUGGCCACCUCGAUUCCACCGGAGGGGCAGAGCCGGACUCGCCGUCCUGGUGCAGAACCAAACCCAUCGCCCCUCUCGACGGUCUAGGCGUGUUUCAGACGAGGUCUAUAUUCCACCUCCCUCGCCGCACCUCCAGUGGAUAUUUCUCCUCCGACGGCGACUCGCUGCCGAGCUCCCCGCUCUCUCCGAGGCCAGUGACGGCUGACAGAGCCACGCAGACACCGAGCCCCACCGGCCAGGUGAUGAAACACGCCCUAGAGCGCAUGGCUGAGGCGCACGGCGGAGGACCGGGGACGCACCAGCAGCACGGACACUCUCCCAGCCCCUGUAGCACGCGGCCACGAAACGCAGCAGGGGACAUGCAGACGGAGGCAAUCGGACGAGAGCUACGACGCAUUGGAGACGACUAUAAUAGGCUGCUGCUAAGGGGGGUGGCAGGUGGACAUAGACGGGAUGUCCAUCCGAACCCGCUGCCGCACAUCCCCCAGGAGCCCACAAUGCUGCUCUGCGUGGGCCUCCUGCUCCUUCUGAUUGGACGGAUAAUCUACUUACAAGGCAGUACGAACAGCCAGGACCACUCUCAGGUUUAGCCUUUGGAAAACCCAGCAGACGUAGCAUUUUUCUUUAAUAAUGUAUCUGUGUUCACAUCUUGAAUCUCCUUUUUGUUUAUGAGGAACUAAUUUUUACCCUCCUUCCUUCCUCCCCUUUCCCAAUUGAGGAAUUUUGCUUUUUCACCACUGUUUUUCCUUCACGGUCUCGGAGGCUUUGCAAUGUUACCAAAGAGCUGGGAUUUUGCACUCCUUUCCAGAAAUUUCCAAAAUUACGCCUGUGGAAAUUCAAAUGUGCCUUGUACAGUUUCCUGUUUACUUUUUUAGCUUCUUUUAAGUUGUUUUUAUUGUACAGAGAUUAUGAGUUCCUCGGGUGAUCAACUCUGCAAACGCAGGGUUGUUAAAGUAUGUGGGUCCAGUCCGCAAAAAAAAAAAGGCAGGGAAAAAUGAUCUUGCACUCCCAUCACGUCAGGAUCCAGCAUGCAACAGACUUGUGACCUGUGUGGGAACCAACUGGGCCAAAGUAAUAAUUUUUAUCCAACAUUUUUAUCACACAUUGUUCCUAAAUUACUGUGCCAUUAAAUGUUUUGUUACCAUGAAUUACAUAUCUGCUUAUGUCUACAUUGUUAGUUAAUAAGAGCCGGCUAUACACCAGCUUUUUCAGCUGCAGAAAUGAACUGUGUCCUGAUAAUUUGAGUACUAAAUGACACAGGUAUUGACUUAAGAGAUCAUUAAAUGCCAUGACAUAGUGUAUUUUUCUACAACUAAAGCCCCAUUUGGACAGGAUUGAUAUUCCAGGUGGGUAAUAAAAUAUUUGUUGUGGUCCUUAGCAACUAAACUUCUUGUUCUGGGUGGCAAAUUACAGAAUUUGGAUUGUAAAAUACAGGAGGGGAAAUCAUCAUCAUCAUCAUCAGCUAAGCUGAUGAAACAAAAUAACAGAUCUUUGCUUGCAAAAACAAGUAUUUGGGAUGGUAAAUAAAUCUGUGGUAGGGGGCGAAUAUGCGCUCUGGACUGAUCAGCACAUACAAUAUUAAAAUUACCCAACUUUCCGUAGAGUAAUCAAUCCUGUCUGAAUGCAGCUUAAUACUGUAUUUGUCUGCAUUGAUGAUAAAGUGUCCAUUUUGUUUUGUGUGUCAUAUUUCAAUACCCUGUGUCAGGUUUUAGCUACAGUAGCUCUUGUGCUACCGUUGGAAAUAUUUAAUCAGGUAAUCUGUUAUCAGGAUUAACCCUUCAUAGGUACUUUAAGUAGAUGCACCAAUCUUGCAGUUAAAAAAAGAGAACCCAUUUCUUUGAAUUUCCACUAGGUUUCUAAACAUCUAUAUUAUAGAAAGUUCUAGUCUUGGAAAAUUGCCAAAUUAAUGUUUUAUCCAUGUAUUUCAUGACUACUUUACAACUUAUUAAACAGCAAGUGGUACACAAUAUGACCUAUGACCUGUCCCAGCCCAGACAGAUUUUAUCCUCUGUAUUGUUCAGUUUUACAUGAAAAAAACCCUCACCCAUUGAUACCAGUAAGAUGAUACUGUACCAACCUUCGAGUAAUUGAUACCAAUCUUCCUCUGUAUAGAAAAGCCUGUGUAUUUCUGAAACCACUAGAACCAGAUUGAAUGGUGAAGGCCCGUGGCUUCCUCUCUACUCACUAAAAUCUAACUUCACAAAUUUCCAAGAAUUUCAGAAUAACUUUUAUCACCAAAUACAAUCAGUGUACAUGGAUUCCUAAAAGAUUACAGUAAAAAAGCAUUAAAGGGAUUAAUUUCUCUCUUUGCUUUGGUUUUAUUCAGCAUUAAAACAUAUUUUGCACAUUUCUAAUCAAAAGCAGGAGUAGAUUACUUCACUUGUCAAUGCAAUAAUAAGAUUUGAGUACUUGUUACUAAGCUUCCCAGUUAAGUGGAGUGAAACUCAAAAGGGCAAGAUGAUGAACAAAAUCAAUAAUGAUAUCAUGUCAAUCAUUUAAACCAUUAGACAGUGUCAUUUCCUGCUGUCUUGUUUACUCUUUUACAAACCUUACUUUGACUUCGAAUAUAAUAAUCAAAGCUUUUUUCUACAAUAACUGAUCAAACAGUACUGUUUUCCAUCAUUCUUAGUUUCAGCCUCUGGAUUUACCAUUAGCAGCCAGACUGAAUAUAGUUGGCAAGUAUUGGUUUGUUGACAAGGUCAUGUUAUCCGUUUAUUAGCGCAGUGAUUCAGACUUGGCCAAGUCUCCACAUGCUUGCCAGGUCAUUAAACACUCUCAGAGAGAGGUUUCUGGACGAAAACCAAACACUGAAUCAUGCAGUCAAAGAGGGUUUUGUCACUGACUAGUUAGCUAACGGUUAUAUAUCAAACAGUGAUACGGGCUUCAGAUUAAGUACCUUUUUAUUUUUAACUUUGAACUCUUUAGGCUCAUUAAAACACAUUGGUGUUGUUGUCAUGUGAGAAACCACCAAAAGUCGUCCAUUGUUUUUUUGUGUGUGUGUUUUUUUAGGUCUUAUGAUUUCUAAAAUGCAUAAACAGAAAGUAUGAAAACCUUUUCUGCAAAAAAUAUGAAAUGCCUGCUCUUUUGUAUAAAAAUAUCUGGAUUUCUUUGCAUUUGGAGGAUGCAGUUCAGUCAAUUAAUUUCAUUAACUCUGAACAAUGUUAAGUAUUUGAAUAUACAGUAGUAAAGAAGAACUGUGCAAAAAAAAAUUGUCCUAAGCACCUUAAAAUACCAUUAGUGCAUACAUAUUCAACAUGAGGGAUGCUUAUCAUAUAGAAGCUUAGGGAAGUGGCUGUGCACUGUUCUUUAUUAGAAGUGGGGAAGUUAACCAGAUGUACAUUUGCCAAACCAACCAGUUAAUCAUCAUCACUGAAGCCUUCUUUCUUGUAAAACCCAAACAUACUGUUUGAAAACACUUCAGAUAAAGCAUCAAUUUCAUCUUUGUGUGGCUUGUCCAAGUUUGUUUUCUAGUGUGGAUGGGCUCAUUGUUGCACCUUGUGCCUGUGGGGGGGGAAACACCCAUUACGACUGUGGUUCUCGCCAACCAUAGUUACAGUGGUUGUUUUCUGCUCUCCGGCCUCAGGGGGCAGUGAUGAGCUCAUUAAGGCAUGUCACUGUUUCCCAAGCAGUGGAUGAGACGGUCCCAAAUGUAGCUAAAUUUAACCCCCACUGGGUCUGGGUUUGCCAUGUUCUGCCCAUUGAGCUACACAGUAGUAAACAUCAAACGUGGUGAUUUAAAAGUCCAUGGACGCAGUGUGAAUGUCGACCAAAGAGAUUUGUGCAAAACUAUUGUUUUCUGGGUUGUUUGGAAUGGUAUGAUGUUACCAAAUUCUCUGCCAUACUGUAUGUUGUUUUGUUCGGUACCAAUGAAUCACAAAAUCACAUCAGCUACAGUCUCAAUAAAUUCAGUUUGAGGAAUCACACUUAA